CACACGCAUACACACUCAUUCUUUUAAACUUCAUCCAUCUAUUAAUCUCCCUUUUCUCAUGUCAAAAAAACACAAACUUUCAUCUCCUUUUUCAUCUCUCUCCCUUCAACAACAACAAUAACAAAAAAUGAAGUUCUCUCCAAUUUCUUUUAAAAAAACAAUCUUUUUUUCCAUAUUCGUCUAUUGCAUGAUGAUUACUCCAUUAAAGGGGGCAAAACCCUCUGUUUCUUCUUCUUCUGAUCAACCUGAGUUGAUCAAUUACUUCAAAUCCACAACUUUAUUGAAAAAAACCACAAUUAUAGACCUUCAAAACCAAUCAAGAACAUCAAAAAUCAAUCUUUUUACUUCAUCAGAUUGUUCGAUUUGGACAAAAGAAUGUUCAAAUGAGAUUUUGAGAAUUGCCCAGAAAACAGAGCAUGUUAAAUGGAUAAAAUCAGUGAGAAGAAAAAUCCACGAACACCCUGAACUUGCUUUUCAAGAAUAUGAAUCUAGCAAACUUAUUCGUCAAGAACUUGAAAAAAUGGAUAUUUCUUAUCAGUUCCCGAUGGCUACCACCGGAAUCAGAGCUAUCAUCGGCUCCGGCCAGCCGCCGUUUGUUGCUCUCCGAGCUGAUAUGGAUGCCCUUCCAAUUCAGGAAGCUGUUGAAUGGGAGCACAAGAGCAAAAUUGAGGGUAAAAUGCACGCUUGUGGCCAUGAUGCUCAUGUGGCUAUGCUCAUUGGUGCGGCUAGAAUUUUAAAGGCUCGUGAGAAGAACUUGAAGGGGACAGUGUUUCUUAUAUUUCAACCAGCAGAAGAAGCAGGGAAUGGUGCAAAAAGGAUGAUCAGAGAUGGUGCAUUGGAAAAUGUGGAAGCUAUAUUUGCUGCACAUGUCUCACAUCAAUAUCCAACUGGUGUCAUUGGAUCAAGAACAGGCCCUCUACUUGCUGGCUGUGGUUUUUUCAAAGCUGUCAUUAGUGGGAAAACAGGGCAAGCAAGCAAUCCCCACCACUCAAUUGACCCUGUACUUGCUGCCUCUGCUGCUGUUAUCAGCUUGCAAAGCAUUGUUUCUCGUGAAUCCGAUCCAUUGGAUUCUCAGGUGGUCUCAGUGACAUCUUUCAAUGCUGGAGAUAAUCUUGAUGUGAUUCCAGACACAGUUACACUAAGUGGGACUUUCAGGGCUUUCUCAAGAACCAAUUUUUAUCAGCUUCUUAAAAGGAUAAGAGAGGUUUUCACAGAACAAGCUAGUGUAUUCAGAUGCAGUGCAACAGUUGAUUUUUUCGAAGACAAGGACACGAUCUACCCUCCGACGGUGAACGAUGACAAAAUGUACGAGCACGUGAAGAAGGUGGCGGCUGAUUUGGUCGGAACGACCAACUUUAAGGUCGUUUCACCAAUGAUGGGAGCAGAGGAUUUUUCAUUCUACUCUGAAGUAAUCCCUGCAGCAUUUUUCUAUUUAGGCAUAAGGAAUGAGACAUUAGGAUCAAUUCACACAGGACAUUCACCACAUUUCAUGAUUGAUGAAGAUGUAUUGCCUAUUGGUGCAGCUACUCAUGCUGCCAUUGCAGAAAGAUACCUUUAUGAAUAUGGAUCUUGAAAUCUUUUCCGGUCACCAGGAGGGAUCAAUAGUAUUCUGAUUUUCCCUCCAGCGUGACUUGAACCCUUGAUGGUAGUCGUAGACUAAUUCUCUUUAAUGCAAUUUUUGCCCUUUUUUUUUCUUUUCUUCUACUCCUACAUAGUAUGCCAACCUAUGUCAUGAUUGACAACCUUGUACUUGGAUCUUUUUUCAUGAGGUUGGACACAUGAAUCAUGGAGAAAGAGAAGAUAUAUUAUAUAAAGGUAUUUGCUAGAA